AUGUUGCCUGGAUGGACUACUAAAGGAAAUUAUGCAUGUCCGAGCUAUAACCAUGAUGUAAGACCUCAUUACUUAGAUCACAGUGGAAAGAAUUGUUAUAUGGACCAUCGAAGGCUUCUUGAUAUGGGCCAUCCUUGGCAGAACGAUAAAAAAUCAUUUAGUGGAGAAGUGGAGGAUAGAGUUGCACCUUCUCCUUUAUGGGGUACUGAUCUGCUAAAUGAAUUGAAAGACUUUGUAAAUGAUUUUGGAAAGAGAAAAAAAGGACUUAGUAAAGGUAAAUGGAAAAAGAAGUAUGUAUUCCUGGAAAUGCAAUAUUGGGAUAAUAUUAAAUAUCGUCACAAUCUUGAUGUCAUGCAUAUUGAGAAGAAUUUCUUUGAUAAUAUCAUCAACACACUCUUGGACGUUCCAGGAAAGACAAAGGACCACAUUAAGGCACGUCUCGAUUUGAUGGAUCUUAACAUAAAACCACAUCUCCACCCUUUUCCUUCAGAAGAUGGUAAGCGCUUGUUAGUGCCUCCAGCACCUUUUACAAUGGGUAAUGUAGAAAAGGAUUUAUUUCUUAAAGUUUUUAAGGACGCAAAGCUCCCUCAUGGUUAUGCAUCGAAUAUAACAAGAUGUGUACAAGUUAAAGAACGAAGGUUUACUGGUUACAAAAGCCAUGAUGCGCAUGUCUUGCUACAUCACUUGCUGCAACUUGCUGUCCGAAAGACAUUGCCGAAAAGUGUUGAUGUACCUUUAAUUAGACUGGGAAACUUCUUUCGUGGCAUAUGUAGCAAGAUUCUUGGCCUCAAAGAGUUCGACAAGUUGGCAUCUGAAGUUGUUGAAAUACUUUGUCAAUUCGAAAUGAUAUUCCCUCCUGCCUUCUUUGAUGUUAUGGUUCAUUUGCCUAGUCAUUUAGUUGAUAAAACUAAAUAUAGUGGACCGGUGGAGUAUCGCUGGAUGUACUUUGUUGAGAGAGAACAUCAACAAUUAGUAAAUAGCCAUAGGCGAAAGCGUAGAUGGGAUGAUGCUCAAAGUCAUAGCAACAAUUUUAUUGAUUUGUUCCAAGAAAAGGUUCAAAGAGAACAAGUUGAUGGCCAAUUGUUUUGGUUGGCUAAGGUUCCUAACACUAAGGCUAGGAGGUACAUGGGAUAUUUUGUGAAUGGUUAUAGGUUUUGCACAAAGGGGUGUGAUUCAAGUAUAAAGACUCAAAAUAGUGGAGUCACUUUAAUAGCCACGACUUCAAGUUUUGCUAGUUCAAGGGAUCGAAAUCUCAUGGAUGGAGACGUUACCUACUAUGGUGUAAUACAAGAAAUUAUUGAGUUGGAUUUUUGGUCUCAAUUUAGUGUCGUGUUAUUUAAGUGUCAAUGGUUUCUUACAAAUGUUGAUGAGUUUGGGCUUACAUUUGUCAAUUUCAAAAAGAAAUGUUCUCAAAGUGAUCCUUUUGUGUUAGCUUCACAAGUUCAUCAGGUUUUUUAUGUACAAGAUCCACAAGAACAUGAUAUUCACUAUGUCAUGCAACGGGUCCAAGAGACUUAUUCGACUUCGAGGAAACAAUGA